CUUGGAAGAGAGCAGUGAUGGUCAACAUGUCAGUACCAGCCAUCUGCCUCGUGCCCUGGGUUGACCUGGGUUUAGAGGCUCGGCACUAUUUUGGGUGGUGUCGACCCCGCCCCCACCUCCUAUCGAGCCCUGGCUCUCCGGGCAGCUGGAGGGGUCGCGCUGCGCCUGUUGGGGCUGCACCUCGGACCAGGGCUUCUGCUGCAUCUGCAGCCAUGUCGGGCCGCUCAGUGCCACAUGCCCAUCCGGCCACCGCCGAGUACGAAUUUGCCAACCCGAGCCGCCUGGGUGAGCAGCGCUUCGGAGAAGGCCUCCUGCCAGAAGAGCUCCUGACCCCCACACUCUACCAUGGCUACUAUGUCCGGCCUCGGGCCGCCCCAGCUGGGGAGGGCAGCAGGGCAGGGGCCUCCGAGCUUAGGCUCAGUGAGGGCAAGUUCCAGGCAUUUCUGGAUGUGAGCCACUUUACCCCAGACGAGGUGACUGUGAGGACUGUGGAUAACCUGCUGGAGGUGUCUGCCCGGCACCCCCAGCGCCUGGACCGCCACGGCUUCGUGUCCCGAGAGUUCUGCCGCACCUAUGUCCUGCCUGCUGAUGUCGACCCCUGGCGAGUCCGAGCUGCUCUCUCCCAUGAUGGCAUCUUAAACCUGGAAGCGCCUCGGGGUGGCCGACAUUUGGACACAGAGGUCAAUGAGGUCUACAUCUCCCUGCUCCCUGCGCCUCCUGAUCCAGAGGAAGAGGAGGAGGGAGGCAUAGUUGAGCCCUGAUUGCCACAGACCCAGCACCCAGCAAAUCCCUCUCUACCUCCCAAGGUGAUAUGGGCAGCUGCCCACCACUCCAGAGGUAGCAGCAUCCUUGGGGGAAGGGAAAGGUGCAUGGUCCACAAUGUAUGGUUUGGUCCCAUGGGACGUGUCAUAGCCUUGGUUUAGUUUUGGGUGGAGCUGAAUAAACCCAAAUCUCAGGGC